AUGGCUGAACAAGAUGGUCUGCUCCAAGGUAUCUUGGACUCAAUAAUCUCUUUGAAUGGAGGAACUGCUGGACUAGAAGCUGGCAUUGCUGCAUUUAGGGAACUGCAAAGGAACAACCAGAUGCUAAGGUUAGCUCUGAAGCAAACUCUAGAACUCUGCAACCAGCCUAGUUACUCAGGACAGGGAAAUGUCAUGGCACUAUCAGAACUCAUGAAACCAACACCCAUGAAACCAACCGAAGAAGAACUUGUCCUCCUUGCAAAGCUUAGAACGGCAUCCAUCGCUGAAAAGAAAGAGAAGAUCGACAAGAAAUGUACCCUUCACAUUUUCCCACCCGAAGUCAGAGAUCAAAUCUUCGAUCUGAUUCUCGUCAACUACUUUGCUCAAUACCCCAGACUGAAAGUUCUCGACUAUCAAAACUGGACCCGAGGACAAUGGGAUAGAAUCGAUACACCCGGAAACGCAGGACUUCCCCUCAAAGAUCUGCCUGCCUUUGAAAUUGCUCUAAUCCCUGACCAGAAACUCUAUCGCCAUUUCUUCGCUUUGAGGAUCAAGCAAUGCAUCAUUGAGCUUCGUCCUAGUCUCACAUGGAAUCACAUGUAUGAUUUCCCUCUCGGAUACGAAGUUGCGGAUCCUCCCAAGGAAAUCAUGGGAUGGCUCACGGAUGAGUCAAAGUAUAAGGAGGAUUAUUGGCAGUGGGUUUACAAUCAGGAUAUGCAACUUGGAAUUCGCUCCUUGGAAUGUCUCAACCCAAGAUAUCUUCGGCGUGGCUGGAUCUACCAAUACCCUUCUCUCUCCAUGUUUUCCCCGCUCAUGUUGGACAGUAUUCGCAGUGUUGAGAUUGUCUUGAGCACCGACUACUUGAAUACACAAUAUCUCGACGUCAUCGAGAGUAUAGCUCAACGCCAUGCCCCCAUCUUUGAUAUUCCCAGCUGUCACCUCCCCCACGCCAAAUUGCUCACCCACCUCUCCUACCGCCUCAACUCCCACACCUGGUGGCACAGCACCCCCUCCACCAACUCCAACUCCAACUCCCCCACCAGUUCCACCCUCCCCACCAGUUCCACCUCCACCCCCCCAAUCCUCCUCCAAUCCCUCCAAACCUUCCUCUCCCCCUUCUCCACCACCAACUCCCCAAUCCCCAAUCCCAUUCCCAUUCCCACAACCAACCCCCAAAUCCAAACCCUAACCAUCAAAACCCUAACCCCCAAACCACACCCCGGUCUCCGAAACCCCGUCCCCCAACAAACCCUCAACAGUAUCUCCCCAACCAUAAACCUCCUCAACAAAAUGUUCCACCUACAAGCCGAGUCAACAUGGACGCGGGAAGAAGUUGCACCCGGCGCAUAUGGAAUUCUUAGGGGCUGGAAGACGGAUUGUUAUCAGUUGGUUUGGGAGGCGCCGGUUGGUGGAAGAUUGAUGGUUUGUAUGGAGGAGGAGGAGACUGAGGGUGCGGUUUUGGAGGGCUAG